AAUCCAACCGAGAAAAUUUAAAUGAAUAGAGGGAAAUCUAGUUGGGCUUAAAGGUUCCCUACAUAUGUUUUACGAGUCAUAUAUGACUUCUAUUAUUUUCAUGCGGUCUUCAGCUGAGUUUCAGUUGCRAUAACGUGGCGAAAAUGAAGUCGAACCCAAAUGGAUCGAACUAAGCCAUACAUAGUAGCCUGAAAGCGAUGCAACAAGUGAAAUGCCGUUUAUGGUAGAAGAAUGGGACGAAAAAGCCAGCCUCUCCCCACACCAUUUGUCUUACGUCAUCAGCAUUUUACUUCCUAAACGACUGGUAACUUUAGAUCGAGACAUCAACCUCGAAUCACAGCUCAAAGCAUAUUGUGAGGAGAAACAUAUAACAAAUGCUGUACCGGUGGGCAGUUCAACAGAGGGUCUCAAUAUUCCACAUUCCAUGUCAAUCGAACUAAAUUCAGAGCUUGGCACUCAUGCAGACGCAGAUAUCUUGUUUGUCGAGAAGGAUUUCCGGAUAUCCACAUCAGAUCCUAUCCAGUGUUUAAAUAUCCAAGCGACAUUGGAAUCUGGAGACGUUCACCCAGGUUACACCAGAGUGCGUUUACACAAGUGCACCGAGGACCUCAGAGAUGUUAUUACUCUGAAUGAUAAAAAGUACCUGAGCGGGCAGAGGAUUCAGAAUAGAAUGCACAAGAAAGUCGUCAGCAGUGGUCCUGAAGACGAUCAAAAAUCCAUAUUGAUUCAUGGUCCAGCAGUGUCGGUAGAGUACUCGACCAUCUUAAAUGCUGAAAAUAUACAAACCUAUGGUCUUAGGAUUGACCUUGACAUGGUUCUCGCUGUUCAAGUUAACAAAUGGCCCUUGGAGGCAAGGGAAUGGGUGGAAAGAGCGAAACAAGGAAAAUGGCUUGAAAAUGAUUUGGUGGAAGCCAUUGUUACAGAAGGAUACCAUGUCGUUCCAGUUGCGCACAAGCAAAGCCUUAAUCCAGAUGUAGAAUGGAGAAUUUCUUUUGCAACUACAGAAAAACGAAUAGCAAAAAGUGCUGUAACUGAUGCUCAACGGCAGUGUUAUAUCUACUUCAAAAUACUACGGUACCUUUGUUUGAAAGAUUUGGAUGUGCUUUCCUCGUACUGUUUGAARACAGUCUUCUUCUAUGCAUGUGAGGCUAUUCCAAAGUCUUACUGGGAGACCCAUAUUGGACAGUGCUUGCUUUACUUGCUUGAUAGUUUGAUAAGUUGUGUUAAACGGAAAAACAUCCCAAGUUUUUUCAUACCAAAGAAUAAUCUUGUKGAUCACGUACCAGACGAAAAAUGGCUAGAAGUGGAAGCAAGACUCCUUGAAAUAAGGAAAGAUCCUAUAUCACCAAUUUUGAAUUUUACUGACACAAAUGCUAUUAGCAAUAUUGAGAUUCCAUUUGUAUUUCGUACAAAUAUUGCGUACGUCUUGGAAGACAUGRAAAAGUUCAAAGUCCACAGAGACAUYARAAAAUCCGCAUUCGAUGCGUUUUUCACAACGUCGUUCAGAAUGAGUUUGCUUCUYUURRACCAAGGCAAACCAAAAGAUGCUGUUCAGAUUUUAAUGGAYUCUUAUCCRAUGAUAAACAGAUAUCUUGGUCCGAUGCCUCUUAUUCACUAUCUAAACGAAGCGUCGAUUGCAAUCCAAGAUGGCCGGCUUUUUYUCCUUUUGAUUCAAGAACUGCUCGGAAUGGCCGACCACUAUCCAGAGUUUAAGCAUUUCUAUGAAAAUCUGCCUUGUGCGUACCAUGCAGCUUCACACACCUAUCCAGAAGAAUCGCCCGAGAGAAAUGAAUAUCUACAGAAGGCAGGGCAAGUUAUACAGGAACAAAUCGAAGCCCAGGGUUUAAAGUCUUGCGGAACACAUGUCACGCAUGCUACCAUUCUUAUGACACAAAAAAGAUACAAGGAGGCCAUACGAAYUCUUGAAACCGUGGUAGACGAAGCGGAUAAAAAGACAAAGGAAGAAAUCCAAAGUGAUGUAACRGAAUUUGGAUACAGUGAACAAAUAUGUCUUGAUUCAGAUUUACAGUUAGAAAUAACGACACAUAUGAAAAUAGAAGCGCCGUCGCUUAUCUUUGUGUUUUAUUUCCUGAUAAAAUGUUUAGUACAAGAAGAUGAAGUAACCAAACUAAAGAGCUUUUUCGAAGAAUAUCAAAAGGUGUGCUCACUGUGUGAAGAUGUAAAUGGWWAUAAACUUCUUGGUUAUAGCUAUUAUCAWGUAGGAGAGAAGCAAAAGGCCAAGGACGCCUUCGUUGCAGCUUURCAGAARAUGCCAGGAAGCAAACUACUUAUAGCAAACAUUGAAAAAUGUCAAAGCACGUAAUUUCGCAUCUGGCAUGGUUUGGCAGUAAAGACAUGCCUUCAUAAAAUAUUCUCGAAACAGAGCCAAAUGCCAAAGGACAUAAUAUAAGCUUACCAGAUAAAGUGGUUUUGCGGUUGCGGCAUGGUUUAMGUUAUAAAUUUCCAUUCGACGUUAUUCAUUGGAAAUUUUUCAGACAAUAGGAGCUUAAACGUUCAGCUGAUUAUCGACAAUAAGAUAAAUUAUCUAGCUAAAAACUAGUGUGAGCUGCGUCGGUGUUUCUGAUGAAACAGUAAUGAUAAAAAGGUAAAUUAUACACCGUGAAAAAGAUGAAAAAACUUACUGACGUUUCGGACGCUAGUCCUUCGUCGGAGUAAUGAAUAAUUUACCUUUUUAUCAUUACUCCGACAAUAAGAUAAUUGAUUUGGAUUUAUUCUGCCAUUUUGCCUUCCUACUGACGCGGUUUUAGAAUGCCUCAAUAUCCUUGUAGAUAGCACGGUCGUAACCGAAGAUUAGAAUACUGACUUUGUGACCCUGUAUCAGUYGUUUUGGCGCCGUAAAAUUAGCUGUUAACUCAAUGGCACGUGAGCUGUAAAUAUAUUUUUAACACUCUUACCUUGUAAUUACUAAUUGAAUUAUUGAAUUACUUCUAUUUCAAAGAAAGUUGUCGCAAUAUGGUUAAUAMGGUUAUUAAUUUACUGCAUGCAUAAAAACAAAAUACUUGAUUCACUAUCUCUUGACCUCGUGUCACACAAAGAUAAUUAAGUUUACYUAUCCUUCCCAAAGUGAAGGCGGUUAAUUAAGGUAAAGGCGCGCCAAAAAUUAUAUCUAAUCAUUUCGAUGUUUCGAGCAAAGUAUGACUAGAAAUUAUAACAAGCCAAUAAAUUCCAUACCACUUCAUUUUAAACAUUCUA